AUGUCCGAAGCUACCCUCUCCUCCAAGCAAACCAUUGAAUGGGAAAACAAAUACUCCGCCCACAACUACCACCCCUUGCCCGUCGUUUUUCACAAGGCUAAGGGCGCACAUGUGUGGGACCCGGAGGGUAAGCUGUACCUCGACUUCCUGAGCGCUUAUUCUGCCGUCAACCAGGGCCAUUGCCAUCCUCACAUCAUCAAGGCUUUGACGGAGCAAGCACAAACACUAACAUUGUCCUCCAGAGCGUUCCACAACGAUGUUUACGCGCAAUUCGCCAAGUUCGUGACCGAAUUCUUCGGGUUCGAAACCGUUUUGCCCAUGAACACCGGUGCAGAAGCCGUGGAAACUGCUUUGAAGUUGGCCAGAAGAUGGGGGUACAUGAAGAAGAACAUCCCUCAAGAUAAAGCCAUCAUUCUGGGUGCCGAGGGUAACUUCCACGGGAGAACCUUCGGUGCUAUCAGUUUGAGUACCGACUACGAGGACUCCAAGUUGCAUUUCGGGCCUUUCGUGCCUAACGUUGCCAGUGGUCACUCCGUGCACAAGAUCAGAUACGGCCACGCAGAAGAUUUCGUCCCUAUCUUGGAAUCUCCUGAAGGUAAGAACGUUGCCGCCAUCAUUCUAGAGCCAAUUCAGGGUGAAGCCGGUAUCGUCGUGCCCCCCGCAGACUACUUCCCAAAGGUCUCCGCAUUAUGCCGUAAGCACAACGUCCUAUUGAUCGUUGACGAAAUUCAAACCGGUAUCGGUAGAACCGGUGAGUUGCUUUGCUACGACCACUACAAGGCAGAGGCCAAGCCUGAUAUUGUUUUGUUAGGUAAGGCUCUCUCAGGUGGUGUUCUUCCCGUCUCAUGUGUUCUGUCUUCUCACGACAUCAUGUCUUGCUUUACCCCAGGAUCUCACGGUUCUACUUUCGGCGGUAAUCCUUUGGCUUCCCGCGUUGCCAUCGCCGCCCUCGAGGUCAUCCGCGACGAGAAGCUGUGCCAAAGAGCCGCCCAACUGGGUAGCUCUUUCAUCGCCCAAUUGAAAGCUCUCCAAGCCAAAUCUAACGGUAUAAUCUCUGAGGUGCGUGGUAUGGGACUGCUUACCGCCAUCGUAAUCGACCCAUCCAAGGCCAAUGGUAAGACCGCUUGGGACUUGUGUCUAUUGAUGAAGGAUCACGGCCUCUUGGCUAAGCCCACCCACGACCACAUCAUCAGAUUGGCUCCUCCUUUGGUCAUCUCCGAAGAGGACUUGCAAACCGGUGUCGAAACCAUUGCCAAGUGUAUCGAUCUGUUAUAA